CAUGUGUACACACUGAGCUUCCUCACUUCACUUCAGACGCAGAGAGAAGUGAGAGAGAGACUCGUCUGUUAUCGUCGAAGAGAUACAACUCAUUUUCCUUAAUGUUGUGCUAAGAUUAAAUUCCAUUUUAUUUAAAACUCAGACUUUAAAAUAAACCCUCAUGUGACUGAAGUUUGGCAAGCGGAAGUUCAUGCAGACUGAGAAAAAGUCAGAGACUGAGAAGGAUUGGCUUGUUUGUCUUUAGAGAAGAAGGACCUAAAAAUGGACACUCAUAUCAAAGAAGGACAACUUUACGUCCAGCACAUGAAGUUUGGAAAGAAAUGGAAAAAAAAUUGGUUUGUGCUGUAUCCGGCGAGUCAAAACGGCAUCGCACGCCUCGAGUUCUUCGACUGUGCGGGCAGUGGCACUGAAAAACCCAGCACGAAAAAACUCGACAAAAAGAUCAUCCGCCUGUCAGAGUGCAUCAGCAUCCUUCCUGCCGUCACCGAAAGCUGUCCUAAAGAGAACAUGUCCGCCUUCUGUGUGGAGACCAACGAUAAGACGCAUGUGUUUGCAGCCGAAAAGCAAGUCACUAACGAGUGGGUGGAGAAGAUGUGUGAAAUUGCGUUUCAGGGAGGGGGUGGAACAUUCAGCAGUAUGGACUCAAAUGGACAACAGGAUCUUAAGAUGUCUGAGAACAUGAUCUAUUACUCCAGAGAGGAAGUCAAUGAAUUCUGGGUAAGUGUCCAAAGAACAGAAGCAUCCGAACGUUGUGGUCUACUUGGUAAUUACUGGCUAAAAGCAGAUGGAGAGAGUUUGAUAUUAAAGGAGCCUAAGAUGAAGAAGACAUUGCUGGUGUGGCCCUACAAACUGCUACGGCGAUAUGGCAGAGACCGAGUGAUGUUCUCAUUUGAGGCUGGGCGGCGUUGUGAAUCUGGCCCAGGCAACUUCACCUUUGAGACAAAGCAAGGGAAUGAGAUCUUCCAGAUUGUGGAGGCUGCCAUUCGGGAGCAGAAGGCUCAGGCUGAGGAACAAAAUCAGACCUCAUCGUUUGAUGGGGACUGUCCUGCUUUCCAACAGAUCCGGGCUGCGAUCGCCGAUGGAAUGAGCCGAGACACAGAUGGAGACUCCGGUGGCAGUAAACCUGGAUCUGCUGAUGGAGUCAUUGGCCGAAGGGAAGGAGAAAGUAAAAAUCUUAAGGGGCGCACCUUACCAGAGCCCCCAGUUCCAGUUCCAAGCACAUUGCCUCGUGGAACAAAAAGUGUAAUGGACGAUCAAGUGAAUCUGUACUCUGAACCUGCUGACUCCGUCCGUCUGCCCAAUAUUUUGGGGGAAUGUCUUUAUUCUGACCCUGUAGACAGCAUUAAACCUACACCAAUGCAAAACCCCUGGCAUCGUCCACCUGGUGAUGAAGGUGGAGGCAGCAAGCAGGAACCUUUUUAUGCAGAUCUUUAUGACAGAGUCACACUUGACCUGACUCCAAGAACAGGAGGACUGACGCUUGAACCCCGGAACAGACGUCCUCCUGAUGUAACCCGGGCAGAGCACAUCUAUGAUGAGCCCGAAGGACGGGCAGGUCUUCCAGGAAUCCAGCCAGUCACCACUCUGUAUGAUGAGGCACGUCUGGAUAGCCAGUCCUGGAAAUCACGGGGAGUUGAAGAACCUCAGGGUCAUGAAGUGGCUUACAAUCCAAACAUGGAUGACGAUGGUGUCCCUGCUUUGGGCAAGACACAUCUACAAUCAGCUGUGGCCAAGCCUAAAGGUCCCAAGCCACUCACAGCACCCAAACCAGGGAAGGGAGCCCUUCCUAGGAAAGAGCCACUUCCACUAACCCAAGGUAAAAUUGGAGCUAACCUGAACAACAACAACAAUAGCAGCAGUAUAUAUUAUGCUGUUGGAGAAGGAUUUGGAAAUGAAGUAACUGGUGGGGGAAAAGUAGAGAAGAACGCUGAGAUUUAUAGUAAAGUGUCUAAGCAUAAGCCCCCAGCAACAGCAUGGCACACUGCCAUGCGUCCCCCAGACAUCAUCUAUGACAACUUGGGUGACAUUUGAUUUUUGAAAGCCUUUUCAAGCAGUCAAAAUGCACUCUAGGAAUAGUUUUCUAAAGACACCAGAGUUUUUAAAUGAUCACAGGCUUUCUGGGGUAUUGUUCGGGGCCACUGUAAUAUCUGGGAUUACUACAGUAACUGGAAAACCAGACAGGUGUGCAGGUUAGUGUCAUAGACAACUGGCGCUCUAGACAAUGCACUGUGAUCGAUUCAGUGACACAACGUUCUUUUCUUUGGGAAGGACAAUGAAACUACAAAUUUUGCAGAAUUUAUUGUAUGUGGGUUACUCACACGGUCUUAUACUAUGACAAUUUUGCACAUCUUUUGGCAGUUUCUCCUUUUUAGUAAAUCAUACUGAGUCUGUGACUUGUACAGUAUAUUAGAGGCUGUUAAGCCGUUAAAUAACAAAAAUUGGAACUGCCAGACAAGGGAAUCUGCCGUUGUCUUACAAUGCCAAUUCACCUUUGGAGAGUCAAAAAUAAUAGACCAUAUGAACAAUCAUACACACCUACAUAUAUUUUCUAUGGAGAUUUUAAAUGCAGCAGUUUACUAAUCACUUGCUAUGUGUAUGUGUGGGAGUAAGUCAAAAACAGCUGUGCUGUUGAUGUUAUGUGGUGAUAAUAAAAGAUUUUUCAGAACCUCA